AUGGCUCAAAUACCAUUGAUAGAUCACUAGUCACACAGUACAGAACACUCAAUUGAUAAUUAAAGCGAUGCAAAAUCGGAAGAGUCUUUUGAAGUGGUAGAAAAGAAAAUUAAGAAUAAAAAACAAUUUUUGGAAGAAGAACCAAGGAAAAAAAAGAAGGAGCUAUGUCGAAAUUAUCAAAUUAUGGGUAUUUGUAAAUAUGGAGAACAAGUAAUAUUGUUUAAAUUUUAUAUUUAGUGUUUUUUUGCUCACUCUCCUUCUUAUUAUUAAUCAACUUUCUAGGACUAAGUCUUGAAGAAGACUAAACCUUGCAGAAGGUACUUUAGUGGUUCUUGCUACUUUGGUCAAAAAUGUCAAUUUUUACAUUCUUAAUGUAUUGAUGUAGUAGAGCAAAGAGAGUUUAUCGAGAAGUAAUACAAAGAUUUAAAGUUGAUGGUUCCUUUGAAUCCAAGUAUGAAUUGACAUUAAUUGAUAGCUAAAUUGGAUCAAACUUUGAGAUUUGAUUUACAAAGAUUUCACCAUCUUUAUAAAAUAUUUGGCAGAAAAUUGAACUUCAGAAGAGAUGAACUAAUCAUUAAUAGUUGUAGAAAGUAUGAAUCUCUUUAACAUUUAGUCGAUUGUCGAUCUUCGUAUCACUUUGUAAAUAAUCAGACAGGUUCGAAUAGUUAUUGUUGUCAAACAAUACAAGCAGAAAAGAAAGUGAAUAAAGCUGA